GGCCUCCAGCUAAUAGAUGAGACUUUAUCAACUUACUAUUGGAAUGAUAACAGUUCAGUUGAUUAUAUGUCUAAUGCAACCGACUUCGAAACACAUCAUCUUGAGAGAUGCCACAUUAUUGACAAAUCUAGAGGAUAUGACUGGGAAGAAGAUGAAUGUUCUAAUGACUAUUGUGGUAUGUGUAAAAAACAAGAUUGCAGACAUUAUGAAACAAAUGACCAGUAUAUCUAUCAAUAUAACCUACCACGUAUACAAAGCUUUGCCUAUCCACCAUUUGAGUUCUCCGUCAAGGCACAAAAUGAUGUACACAUCGCACUUUCUGCACAAGAUACAGACCUCGACCCGUUAUACGAAAUCGUAAUAGGAGGAUGGGGCAACACAAAAUCCACCAUUAGACGAUGUAAACUGUGUAAAGGCCUAGUGUAUUUUCAGAGUUCUGGGUUUCUUGACCCAAAUGACUACCGACGUUUCUGGAUCCAGUUUGUUGAUGGUAAUAUUGCAGUGGGAUAUAUCGGAGAGGUCGCUUUUAUGACGUAUAAUGAUCCUAACCCCCUUGAUGUCAACUACGUGGGUUAUAGCACAGGCUGGGGCAGUUGUGGAAGCUUCCAGUUCUGUGGCAUAGGCUGUAAUACACUAACUACGGCAGAGACUGCCACUAGUAAUACCAGCAGAACCACCACAAUGGAUGGCAUUUUAGGUACAGCGUCGCCAGUGAAUUUCAGUGAAAGUGUAUCGAAGGUCGCAGAAAUUGCCAAAUCAUUACAGCUAAAAGUGGUUGACUUAAAGAUGACACUGGAACAGAAUAAGAAUCGUAGUAUUAUGAGCAUUGUGGAAGAUUUUGAGAAUCAGCUAAAGACAAUGGCCGUUAAAAAUGACAUCUCAGCAAAUGUAGAUCUUGAAGGCUUGAUAUCGGCAGGAUUCCAGAAGGCGAAUUGCGGUGAUGACUUGGUAUUUAAUGUGGAAGUCAUGGAGGAAGACAAUCCCCUUUCAGUAAAUCCAACAUUUUCAGACUGUAGAAACGAGUCGAUUAAGAUUACGUACACAGUUUUUAGCGAAGUGUUUUUCAGCGGCCUACCUGGAAGAGCAGUCUUAGGACCAAAGAAAGUCGGAGUUGCUGUAAAGACCAGCGUUGUUUCAUUUUCAAUAAUUCCUGAAUCAAAUGUUCAAGUAGAUGCCAACAUCAAAUUUUCAAUACCACAUAAACAGAUAACUGAAAAGGUGUUCUGCAUGUUCUGGGAUAUGUACACAAUGGUUUGGUCAGAUAAGGGAUGUCAGGUGACAAAUGCUUCUCAAACAGAAACCAGCUGUGUGUGUAACCAUACUACAAGCUACAGUGUUCUUGUGCAAGUUACAGACGAUGAGGUUUCCAGUUCCAAUGACGUCACUUUAACACUCCUUUCACAAGUACUUCUCAUCAUUUCCACUGUGGCUCUCAUAUUAGGAGUUUUCAUUCUAUUUUGUUUAAGAGGACUCUGUGAUUGUGUCCGAACAAGUAUUCAUAAACAUUUGAUGAUCACGUUGGUAAUGUCGCACAUGCUGUUUCUAACAGGCAUUGAAAAAACAUCUAGUAAAGUCGGGUGCACUGUCAUAGCUGCAACUCUCCUUUACCUGCUACUCGCCGUGUUCAUGUGGAUGUUAGCUGAAGCCGUUUUUCUCUACUUCAAAAUAUUCGAUAUCCACGGGACCAGUGUCCGUUACAGAAAGAUAUCGCGAUACAUCGUUUGUUGUUAUGGUGCACCGAUGGUGGUCGUUGGGGUCGCACUUGCUUGUAAUGUUGAUGGAUUUGGUACUGAUAAUGCGUGUUGGUUAACUCCAUCUAACGGCCACAUCUGGGCGUUCGCAGGACCAGCAUUAAUAAUAUGUUUGGCAAACUUAGCUCUUAUAUUGAAAGUGGCUAAAACGAUUUACAUGCGUUCAAAAAGACAUACGACAGCUCAACAAAAGAAGGAGUUUGCAAUGAUUAGGAAAGCUGUGAGGGGUGCUCUCAUACUCGUGCCGUUAUUGGGAGUUACUUGGUUGUUUGGUAUAUUUGCUUACAACAAAGGAACGACGUUGUUCUCCUAUGUGUUCGUCAUUUUCAACGGAAGCCAAGGACUCGCUAUAUUCCUUGUAUGCAUCGUAUUAAGUCCGCAGGUGAAAGAUGAAAUGAAGAAGCAAACGUGGAUGAGGUGUUUUUUAAAGGUCAACUCAGUUGGCAGUGAACAGGUAUCACAUAGUCACACUACUACUUUUUGAAAAAUGUAUCGACUACCUCUAUGCAUGCAUUCAUUUUGAGAAGGAAACGAGAUCCAGAUUCAGAACGAUGAACUAUAUGACGCUAACUUUAUUUGAAAGUGGACCGGUACAAAUGCUGCGUUAAAGGCACCCUUGAUCACCGUGAACAGUCGUUAUACGACAUAAAAUCUGUUCAAAUGUAUUACUACGUACGCCAGUCGUCAGAGGGGCGAUACAUUUAUAAUGUGUAGUACUGCCUAAAUAAACCUUAAGCCUGGUUUUCUUAAAAUUGCUACAUUGGUAGGGCCAUAAUGCUGGACAGGUUGAAAGUCAGAAAUGAGUUAAGCAUCCACUGGCCCUCCAGGUUAUGCGUUGAGAACAGGGCUAACCCUGUCUCGUACUUUUUUUUCGCACUGGCAGAUUCCCAUCUUUAACGAUCAAAUUUUAUAUGUAAUUACACACGUAACGUAUUUCACGCAAGUUUCUGCCCCUCUGGGCCAUCUUCGGGCGUAGUCUGAUCGUUGUCUAACCCAAUCCGUUCGUAAUUCCGUUUCCUCAUAGCAUGCUGGGGGCGGAUGCAGGAUGGGGGUGCUAUCGGUAAAUUGUAUUAAGAAAAAUAAUUGUUUUAUGGUAUUGUUGAUAUGAACAUAUCGGUAAAAUUUUUGAAGGUAUGGGAGUGAAGUUUCCGGACACCUUGUGGUCCAUAUUCUGAAAUGUUCCUAGCGCAGCCCCAACCAUGGUGGGUCUGAGGUUGUGUGGAUUCUCACGCACCCCUACCGCCAAAUCUUCCAUCCACCCCAAGCAUGUUGCAAUAGUGUACAUAUACUAAAGAAUAUAGAUAGAGGAUACGGAGUAGUGGUUAUUCAUGAACACGGUAAAUAAUUAUACGUCACACCACUUUGGUCUCGUUGUUCUUAUUGAUUUUAAGUGUAGUGACAACAAAAUUAGUUCCAAUUAGACAUGCGCGACUUUUACAUAUUCGCGUCUAACUGUUGUUGUCACUACACUUUACUCCAAUUAGACGUCCCUAUCCCAUGAUGUAUAGUUCAGUUAGAUGGCGUAUGUAGGUCAUUUGGACCUUAGCGGAGUGAAUUUCCUACCCUGUAAAUGUAAUGCAUAGUUACUAAUAUUCUUUGUUGUGCGGAUAUUGGCCCUUGAUGGCAUUUGUGGUAUUAAAGAAAUUAAAUUGAAUUGAAUAUUAAUAAAUUGCUUUUACCUAGUAAAUACUAAAUAUUUCAUACUUGGCACAAUGUUCCUCAGAAUUCAUUUAUAGAUUAAACCUAUCCACUCUACGUUGAUUUUUGGAUUGAAAGUUUUCUCGAGGAGCUUACGUUCAGAGAGUAAAACUGGUUUAUUUUAAGUAUUAAUUUGUUCUUGAUCUGUUGUUUAAAGAUCUGAAUUAAUAGUGUUGUCAUGUUUUCAUCAACAAUAAAGCAAUUAUAGUCAAUUCUUAAUUAACUUUCAAUGCCCACUUCACCUUCCUUUCACAAAAGGUCUACUCAAACCUAUUGACAUAAAUAAAUAUUAAACCACAUCUUUUAUUGUUGAACAUUUAUUUAUAUACUUCAUUCAUUAUUGGUACCUAUAUUUUAACAAGCCCGAUAGAUUUUUCUUAGUUUUUUUUUUAUUUUUUGUUUUUUUAAAAUUUUUUUUAUUAUACUGUCCUAUCACAUGAUUAGUGUACUUAUAGCAAGGCAUUUUAUGCAAUACCUUUGAUGAAAAGGACGUUUUUAAGAAAUGAUGUAGAAAGCUGCAAGUAAACAUAAUGAAGCAAAUUACUGUUAACACAUAUUCAUUUUAUAAAUGUAACUUAAUGAAAUAAACGGCAAUAUACUUAUACACCAUAGAAACAGCAAAAAGUAAAUAUAUUAAUUCAUAUGCUUUACAAAAUAGCUAUAGCAUAAUAGAACAUUGUUUGUAACGUAUAACGUGUUCUUUAACGUUUUGUUAAAAGAUCGAAUUGUAGGAAAACAAUGUAAUAGACCUAUAGCAUUAAUUAUCCGCUACAUAGAUACCAGGCCUCAUGUAUUGUAAUCAUAAGUUACUUGGUGUUUUCUAUUAAAUUUAAUCACAUCUUUUUGGUAUGUUUUUAUGUAUUAACAUUUUACAGUUUUUAGUAUUUUGAUGACCACUGUGUCGUAAAUGUGACACUUGGUUUUGGGCACCCGAGAAGCACUUUUGUUAGGACUACAUUCGUUCACAUAGUGAAUGAAUUAACCGCAUUCAAAC